AUGACGGAUGACAUUGACACCAAUCCCAAUGACGGUUCCUUGCCUCUACACCAUAUAGGAAAGCGGCGUGACCGGAUUUGGGUCCGUCUCGCCUGGGCCCGAGAGGCCAUCCAUGCAGGGCACGACGUCAACGAACUCGACCCCAACCCUGUCCCAGAAGACAAUUUAGGUCGGCCUUUGCAUGCUGCCCUCCUGCACCCAGGAAAUAUCGAUGAGGAGACUGGUAUCCCCCUUGAGCCCUAUGGAUUGGGCUCGAGCAAGAAUCGAGGCCCUGGUGGUGACGUUCUCUCCAAGGUCUUUUAUGCCGAGGCUCUAGGACGAAUGGAAGAAACGGUGAUGAAACUCAAUGCGGAGAGAAAGGGCUAUCGGAAUCCCAACACAUUAUAUACCACAGAUAGAAGAAUCGGCUUUCGUGCUACACGGUUUUACGCUGGUUGGAUGGUCUCUGACGAUCUACCUCUGCACACCAUCGGGCCUAUGCCUGUUAGUACCAAGGUCCGCCUGGCCUGGACCCGAGAGGCUGUCAUCAAAGGCCGCGAUGUCAACCGUCUUGACCCUGACACCAAUGCCCGUAACCAUAGGGGGCGGCCUUUGCAUCAAGUCCUAGAGAAUAAUGGUUGUUCGCAGGACGACCUGAGUACUUUUACUAAUGAGCCUGAUGGCAUUCUUUUGGUCGAGUUUUACCUCCUUUGUGGGGCCGACCCUCGACUCAAGGACCGCUUCGGGUGGAGGAGCUGUUUGGACGAAGCCCGACAUGGGAUCAAACAGAACGAGAAUUGUCAUAAGUAUUGGACAGAUGCCUUAAAAUUGAUGGAGGAGGCUGUAAAGAAGCUUGAAGAGGAAGAAGAGGGAAUCGUGGAUCCAAACCAAGGUCCGUUGCCCUUGCACAAGAUUGGCAGCCUGACUAUUAGUAUCAAAAGACGCCUCGCCUGGGCCCGAGAGGCUCUUCAAAACGAACACGAUGUCAACGAACUUGGCCCAAACCGUGGCAUGGACCCAAACCGAAGCAACACACACCUAGGUCGGCCUUUACAUGUGGCUUUAGACAACCCCGGACGUCUUCUGGGUGUCGAGCGCCGAACUGCCAACAUAUAUGAGGGCCUUGAUCUGAUUGAUCUUUACUUACAGCAUGGCGCUGAUCCUCUAUUAGAAGACCGUUUUGGGACAACGUCUAUUGAUAAGGCUCGAAGAUUGCUUAAUCAAGCACAGGCUAAUGAUGAGGAUCCGGGAUUUGGACGCUAG